CCAUUUACAAAAGGAGCAUUGUAUAUAAUCACCGUUUAUUUUUAUCAUUCACUUCCGGGUAAAACUGAAGUUUUAAAAGUUUUUGUUGACAAUGUUUUAUACCAAGAUCAAAUAAUUGAUAUAGUAAAGAGGUUUGUAGACAACUGUCAGGAUGUUACAGCAGAUCAUCAAGGACAUGUAUAUAGAGCCGGAGCUGCUCCUCGAGCUCUCCGACGAACAGAAACAAAUUCUCUUCCUUAAAAUGAGAGAGGAACAAGUAAGGAGAUGGAAAGAAAAAGAUGAAGAGUAUGAAAGAGAAGAGAAAAGAAAACCAAAGAAGCCUAGAAAACCUGGUAGUAAAAAGGUGGAAUUUUUAAGAGGUGAUGAUGGUAAUGAGUGGGUUUGGGUAAUGGGAGACCAUGCUAAUGAUAAGACUAUAGAACAGAUAAUGGAGGAGGAAGCUCAAAGGAAAGCUAUUGAACAGGCAGAAAAAGAGGCUGAGGAACUUAGGAAAAGAGAAGAAGAAGAAAUAAAAAGAAAAAUAGAAGAAGAAAAGAGAAGAUUAGAAGAAGAGAGGGAAAAAGAAAGAAAACGUUUGGAAGAAGAGGCACUCUACCAGUCUAUCAAAGAGGCACGUCUGUUGGCUCAGAAAGCUGAGGAAGAGAGAAAGAAAAGAGAGGAAGAAGAACAGAAGAGACUUAAAGAGCUCCAGGAGGAAGCUGCAGUUGAAAGAAGAAGAUCGUAUACAAAAAUAAAUGAGAAACAGAAACGACGUAGUAAUGAAAUAUAUAUCAAAUGGAAGGAAAUGAGGAGACAGUUAGAUAGGGUGGCAGAGGAAGCUAGCCAAGAGGUCGAUAAAAAUUGGAGAGAACAAGAAAAGAAAGCUAAAGAGGCGGAGCAAGAAAUGAAGUUGAUAGCGCAGCGAGCUCGAGAAGAAAAUCGUCAUUCCCUCGACAGAGCUGCGCAGCUUAUAAUGAAUGCCAACAGGUUUACACAAGGCACAAAACCACCACUACCUCCAAAAACUAGUGCAGUUAUGGAUAAAAAUAGAGAGUUGAGGGAACAGCGUAGAAAAUCUCGCCCACCUAGACCACCAAACCGUGAAGCUGUUAUAAAUUGGUUCCAUGAAGAAGAGAAAAGCCGGAAAACAGUCACAGAUAGUACAACAGGGAAACCAGCCAUUUGGUUCCAUGGUGUGAUAUCUCGAUUUGAUGCUGAGAAGUUGUUACUAGAAAAACCUCUAGGAACAUACCUGGUCCGUGUUAGUGAGAAGGUAUGGGGCUACACUAUCUCGUAUCGUGCCAAAGAUAGAUGUAAACAUUUUCUCAUUGAUGCCUCGGAGGAACAAUAUCACUUCUUCGGUCCAAAUCAGCUGGAUCAUAACAGUAUUAUAGAUCUUGUCAACUAUCAUAAGGAAAAACCAAUAACUGUUAUUGGAGGGGAGAAGUUGUUACAUCCUUGUGGCCAGGUAUCUGAUCCCCCAGAUUUCUGGGAACUUUUUCAAAACAGACGGACAGAAAGCACAUCUUUGUAGUCAGAUUUUAAAACUGACGAUUUUAGAAAUUAUUCAAAUUUUAGGGAUCAAGAAAAAUCAGUUUUUAUAUGGUUUUAAAUGGCACACAACAAAUAUAAUAACCAAUGGGAUUGUGGUAUCUGCAACCUGUUGUUGAGAAUGGCUGCAAUGACUGGAAAUCCAGGUGGUUAAAGCGUUAAUCCAGAAUGUGGAUCAAGUUUUCUACAGUAAUAAGUUAUAUAUAAAAGCAAAGGUGGAGAUUACACAUUGUAUAAAUCCUAGUAAUGCAAGUAAAAAGUACAUAUUUAUUGGAAUAAAUGUGGUAGGAAAACAUUAUUUAGAUAUAUUGACUGAGAAAAGUUAAGAAAAACUAGUUAAAUAUAAUAGUUUGGACAUUUAGCUUUUUUUUCUUGUCAUUUAUUACUUCAAUAUCAGGUUGUAUCUAUGUAUUAUUACCAUAACCAAUGUGUAGAUAAUCUUUAUUAUUAAUGUGUAUAACUGAUAGGCACAUGGGAAGUAAAGAAGGGAAACUCAAAAUGAUAGGCACAUGGGAAGUAAAUGGGAAGUAAAGAAGGGAAACUCAAUAUUUCCAUAAUUUUUAUGGUAUAUUGCUCCAUGAGUAUAUAAUUUGUAUCUAUUCUUCUUGUUUAAAUUUUAUAUUUCCCAUUUCAAACAGUCAAGUUUUACUUACAAAUUACAUGAAAUCUGAAAAAUAGGCCACUCAAAUCAUAAUAAGAAAUCCUAUAAUUCUGAGCACCUGUCAUGAAAGUUUUCUUACCUUAACUGUUAGUAAAGAGCAAGGCUAGGGUUCAAAGCAUUGCCAAGCCCUUGGCUGUUGGCUACCAAAAUUUAUGACUAAACACUAAAAAUUUCCCAAAAUUACUGAAUGAUGAGGGAAAAAAAGGCAGACAAUUCUGUCAUGAAAUCUUAAUUUAAUUUUCAAAGCUUGACAUAAGUCCAUUAUUCAAAAUCAGUGGGUUACUUAUUUAAAACAUUGUGUGAAUCUCUCUAUA